AUGCAAACAUUUUAGAAAUAUCUUCUAUUUCAGACUAAUCAUUUGGGCUAGCAUUCCUCGCAGCAAUUUGUAAAUUCAUUACAGCCAACAUUGAGAUUGUUUUCAACUGAGAAUCUAGGUAACUCCUAGUAAAGUUUCAAAAAGCUUGAUCUAAAGGGCAUGACUCUCAAGAUGAUGAAAGGCCAGGUCUAGCUUCCAUUCAAAUAGGACAAGAAAUAUGAUGUGGUCGUUAUUGGAGGAGGUACUGGAGGUCUCAGCUUUGCUUAAGAAGCUCGUAAGUUAGGGCUUAGUGUGGCGCUCUUCGAUUAUGUUGAGCCCUCCCCUCAAGGAAGCACCUGGGGUCUUGGUGGUACCUGCGUGAAUGUUGGCUGCAUUCCAAAAAAGCUAUUUCACAUCUCUACCCAGGUAAAGGAGAAUAUUGAGAUGAGUGGGGAUUAUGGCUGGAUUGAAAGUAAAAACAUGCAUCCAACUCAUAACUGGGAAACCCUAAGAAAUAAUAUCUAAGACUAUAUUAAAGGAAUUAACUUUGGAUAUAAAAAUAAGCUGAAGGAAAUUGGAGUAGAUUUCAUCGAUGCUAGGGCUUCAUUUAAAGAUGAGUUUACGGUUGAGUUUAAUUACCCUUAGACUGAUAAUACUAAGUCAUAUGAAAUUAAAGCUGAUAACUUUGUAAUUGCAGCAGGUGUAAGACCGAGACAUUAUGAAAAUAUGCCUGAGCUAAGGGAUUAUGCAAUAACAAGUGAUGAUUUAUUCUCAUUGAAGGAAAACCCUGGAAAAACCUUAGUAAUUGGUGGAGGCUAUAUUGCAGUAGAGUGUGCUGGAUUCUUAGCUGGCCUCGGAAAUGAAGUCAUUCUGGCAAAUAGAUCCUCAUUUUUGAGAGUAUUCGAUCAAGAUAUGGCUGCAAAAGUUGAAGAAUAGCUUGUAGAGGAAGGUAUAAAUCUAAUGAAAAAUACAGUGAUAAGGAGUGUAUAGAAGUUGGGUGAUAAGUUAUUCGAAGUAGAACUAGAGAUAAACAAGAAUAAUCUAAGGAAAAUUCAGGUUAAUACAAUUAUGAUGGCAAUAGGAAGAGACGCCAAUCCGAAUAGCUUUGGUGCUGAGAAUGCUAAAAUUCAAACAGAGAAAAAUUCAAGGAAAAUCCUUGGAAGAUCUGAAGAGAUAGAGAGAACCAAUAUUGAUCACAUUUAUGCUGUCGGAGAUGUAGUUCAUAAUGUGCCUGAGUUGAUGCCUGUAGCCUAAAAAUCAGGUAGACUUCUAGCACAUCGUGUCUUCCUCAGAAAGUAAGGAGAGGUUGCUGAGGAAAAAAUUCUAAAGGAGUACAGCACAGACUACAAUCUGAUACCGACCACUAUAUUUUCCCCGACAGAGUAUUCUUUUGUUGGACUUAGUGAAGAAGAAGCUAGUGCUAAAUACGGAGCAGACAAUAUCGAAAUUUAUCACAGAGAAGCUACUCCUUUACAGUAUAGUUUAUAUAAAAAGAACACAAAAGUAGCUUACAUGAAAUUGAUUGUAGACAAGACCUAAAAUGAAAAAGUAGUUGGUAUUCAUUAUUUUGGACCUGCAGCUGAUGAAGUAAUUGGAGGAUUUGCAGUGGCUAUGAAAUUAGGAAUGACUAAAAGAGAUCUUGAUUUGACUAUUGGAAUUCAUCCCUCGACUAGUGAAGAUUUAUUUAAUCUAGAGGUAACUAAAAGGUCAGGAUAGGAAUAUAGAAAAACAGAAUGCUGA